UUUGGCUAGAUCUCUGCAACCGAGAUUCCCGAUCUGAAGACUGAAGUUGAUUGCUCCUCCCGUGCGUGGGGGGAGGGCAUAGGUGACGUGGCUCUCCUGCAACGCUGACACAUUCUGCAAAUGCGGGUUGUUAGCGCCGGCCGCGGCAGUGGCUUUCCGGAGAAAGAAGAAAGUUGUUUGAUGUCUUCAUGACGGCAUCAGAUUCUCAAUGGACGGCUGGCUAUUGGCUGGCUCAUCACUUCGGUAUUGAAAGUUUGCCUGUGAGAAUGUCGCGGUUCUUGGGGAGGGGGACUUCCGCCAGUGCGCGAGAUUGACUUUUGGCUUGUUCUUGGGGUAACUCUGGACGACAGGCCGGUCACUUUUAUCAACGACGCCUUUCCCCGUUUCUCUGGUCAAGCUCUUAUCCUAAGACGCCUGUGUAUAGGACUCUGCACUUUCAUACUUCCUGUAACCAUCUGGACACAUUGAACAACCAUGGCUCCUGCUGAACCUCACGCGAUUGCCUUCAAGGCGAAGGGCAAGACGCCUCAUUUCAAGGAGGAGAGGGAGGGUUGGAAGGGGUAUAUCGAGUGGGAGAAGUAUCCUGAGAAGAAGAAGCAGGUUGAAGAGCUCAUGAGGCAGUACGACUUUCCGGAUCCGCCCCAGUACCAACUAGGACCGCUGCCUGAUACGAAUCCCAUCCUCACGGGGGAACGAUGGAAACAGUACCACUACGCGUGCGGGCUGGGCCACAUCCCCGAGGUCAGCUGGGAUAUCGUCAAGAAGGAAAAGGCAGAGGACAUGAUUCACGUGCUCCAGUUCCCUUACAAUGGCGAGCCUCCUCGUAAACGCCUCGUAGAAACGGAAAUCACCUCAAACAAAGAUCACUUUGUCCGCAACCACGGCGGCAUCCCAGAAAUCGACGAGACGAAAUACACCCUCGACAUAGCCGGCCUCGUCAACGACCCGAAAACGCUCACGCUGCACGACCUGAAGACCAAAUUCAAGCACCAGACGAGCGUCGUCUCGAUCCAGUGCUCCGGCACGCGGCGCAUCGAGCAGAUUGCGCAGUACCCAGGCGACGGCGACGAGCUCAUCAACGCGCCCUGGGGCGAAGGCGCCAUCGGUACGGCGCGGUGGACGGGGGUAUCACUCAAAAACGUGAUUAAAUACUGCGGCGGGUUAAAGGACGGCGCGGGCCACUUGGAGUUUUACGGCGCGGACACGUACUUUAAGAAGGGAAAAGUGUAUAAUUACGUCGUGAGCGUGCCGUGGCGGAAAGUGAAGGCGAACGAGGUGUUGUUGGCGUGGGAGAUGAACGGGGAGCCGUUGCCCCGGAUCCACGGGUUUCCCUUGCGGACGGUGGUGUUUGGGUAUAUCGGGGCGCGGAGCACGAAAUGGUUGACGCGGGUCCGGGCUAUCGCGAGCGAGAGCAGCGCGCCGGUGCAGAGGAGGGAGUAUAUCUACUACACGCCGCAGGUGGGGAAGCAGAAUGUCAAGUACAGCAACGGGUUCUCGAUCCAGGAGAUGCCUGUGAGCUCUGCGAUCAUGACGCCGCGGGAUAUGGAUCAGGUCGUGCACGAGGGGAGGAUGAAGUUGAGGGGGUGGGCGUAUUCAGGGGGCGGGCAUUGGCCUGUUAGAGUCGAGGUGAGCAGUGAUGGGGGCGGGGUGUGGUAUGAGGUUCCGUGGGAGAGGAUGAGCGGCAAGUAUUUCCACGCGUGGCGGUUGUGGGAGAUUGAGAUGCCUGUUGAUGCGGAGGGGUGGUUGGAGUUUUGUGUGAGGACGUGGGAUAAUGCGUGUAAUACGCAGCCUACUUUUGUGAGGUCUGCUUGGAACUGGGACUUGCACGUCACGUCCUCGGCGCACCGCAUCAAGGUAUACAGCAUCAACAAGUCGAGGCCCGAGACGGCGGCGAGACUGAAGAAGCUUGAGGAGAACGGGAUCCCUAUUGUGCCGAUUACGCUGCCUGCUGAGAUUGACUUUGAGUCGGAUGAGGAGUAUGAGAGGAACAUGGCGGCGCAGGGUGGGCGGGAUCCGACGGAGUGAAGGGGGCGGGCGUUUGGGUUGGACAGGUUGGACAUGUUGAACAAGAUGGGCGAGGAGAAAUAACGAGCGAAGCAAUGGAGCACUUUUGGCGUGUUUAGUUUUUGUGGCGAUGAUGAGCCUGUAGGUUCGUUACUUUAGUUCUCCAUUUAAUUCUCAAUUUAGAUACUCACAUUGGGAGGUAUUGAGCCCCUCGGUUCAAGCCGUCUUCUAUUUACCACAUAACAAGGACCACAGUUGAGAUG